AGUUGAAAGGUGACGCAAGCGUGCGUUCGACUCUGUCUUUAAAACCACCUCCACUCACUUCCUUCCCCACCUUUCACUUACCAAUAUCAUCAUCAUCCUUGUCUCUCCUUCCCUCUUUUUUGUAACUUUUAUUGUUCCCGCAUUUUCUCUGAUAUUAAUUUCAAAACGUAGAAAUCGAUGGGGAGAGGUGAAACCGAGACGUACAUUACUGUGCCUAGCUUCUUCAAGUGUCCGAUAUCUCUCGACGUGAUGAGAUCUCCCGUUAGUCUCUGCACCGGCGUCACUUACGACCGUGCGAGUAUCCAGCGCUGGCUCGACGGUGGCAACAACACUUGCCCCGCCACUAUGCAGAUUCUCCGAACUAAGGAGUUUAUUCCAAAUCUCACUCUUCAACGACUAAUUAAAGCCUGGUCAGAUUCCGUCGGCCGUUACGCCGCCGCCGCUUCUCCUCCUCCUCCUCCGGAUCCGACGAUGGAAGAAGUGAAUGAGUCGUUGAAGAGACUGAGCCUCGAGAAGGACGACGAGAUCCGUUUGGAGAUUCUCUCUAGAAUCGUUCGAUUCGUGAAGGGAUCAGCGUUUCUCUCAGUGAAAAAGGAUCUGGUACCAAUGCUCGUCGAUAUCAUCGCCGGAGGAUCACGCAAGAUCAAGCUAGUUCUUCUCGCGAUCAAGAUUUUGGAUAGCAUAACCAAAGGAGGGAGUGAGAAAGAUCGGAAACGGUUAUCGAAUCUGAUGUUAGCCAAUGGUGACGAUAAUUGCUUGAGGGCGAUACUCCGGGCCAUCCAGCGCGGGAAUCUCGAAUCGAAAAUCGAAUCCGUUAGGGUUUUGGAGGUUAUCUCCUCAUUAGACACACAGUCGAAGCUUAUGAUCGCAGAACGCGACGAGAUUCUAAGGGAGGUGGUCAACACAAUAAGUACAAAGUCAGAUCCUAACUUGAUCGAAGCGAGUUUAUCAUUCCUUAUCACGAUCGCGAAAUCGAAACGAGUGAGAUCGAAACUAAUCGCAGCGAGAACGAUCGCGAAGAUCGAAGACAUUCUCCUGACGGAGGAGGAGGAGACACCAAACGUCGUCGCGGUGACGGAGAAAUCGCUGAAACUGUUGGAGACUUUGUCGUCCAAGCGAGAAGGUAGAUCGGAGAUUUGCGGAGGGAGAUGCGUGGAGGGAGUUGUGAGGAAGCUGUUGAAAGUCUCGAUGACGGCGACGGAGCACGCCGUUACGAUAUUGUGGUGUCUCUGUUAUGUGUUCAGGGAAGAUAAGAGGGUGGAGGAGACGGUGGAGAGGAGUAACGGCGUUACGAAGCUGUUAGUGGUGAUUCAGAGCAACUGCUCGCCGAUGGUGAGACAAAUGGCUAAAGAUGUGAUUAAGGUUUUGAAGGUUAAACCAUCUGCUAAUUCCGAUUUGGUUGCUUACGAGACCAAGACCACUCAUAUUAUGCCAAUUUGAUUUUUGUACUAUUAUAAUAAAAUAUAUAAAUAUAAAUGUUAUCAACUAUUUUGAAUGUAGAUAAUGUAAAGAGUAUUUGCAUGAUAUAUAGAAGAAAGACUUUCUAAUUAGCUAACCGGUGUAUGUGACUGUUUGGUACUGUUGUUUUUUUUCGUAAUUCCAAUUGUAUCUU